AUGGCACUAUCGAUCAAACCAGAAUUGUCGAAAAAUAUACGUUUUGCGAAAAUAUUUCAACGUGGCUUUAAUUAUUUGCAAAUCUUUACAUUUCGAUUGAAAUUUUCUCUUGAAGAUUAUAAGAAUAAAAAUAUACCAUGGACAUUGGAAACAUUUCGAUGGACAUUUAUAUUCACACCAAUGACAUUGGCAGCAAUAUUCUGUUCUGGAUUAUUGGCUUUAAAGCCAAAGACUCAUCCAUUCAUGAAAUAUCAUCAUAUUGAAACAAUACUUGAAACUAAUCGAAUGGAUUUAUUUGUAUUGGAUUUAUUUAUAUUGUCAAUCAUACUUGAAGCUAUGUUUAUACAAUUAUCAAGCGAGGUAUUAAAUUAUCGUUCAUCAUUCGUGAAAUUCAUCAUCAAUAAUCAAAAUUUUAAUGAAGCACGACUUCCAUAUCAAUCACUUCAAUUUUUAAGAAAAUUCUAUUGCAUUUUAUAUUCAAUUGGUACAAUUGGCUAUGGUUUAUAUAUUAUCAAUGCUAUAGGCACACUUGGUUUCGGGUAUUAUUGGGCGUUUAUAUUCUUAGAAAGAAAUCUUACAACAAUAGAUGAAAUGAUUUUGAGUGUACCAGCAUUUGCAGUGAUGUGUACGGAUUUGUCUUAUCUCGUUGGACAAUUGUUCACGACCGUUUUAUUUUUCAUCGUAUUUGUCAUUGAAUUAUUUCAAGUGAAAUUAAAAUGGUUAUAUAAACUUUCACACAAAAAUUUCAAUAAUCAAUGUAAGAAAAAUAGAUCGAAAACAAUAUUCUGGAAAAAUUUUCAAGAUAAAUAUGUAAAACUUUAUGCUGAAACUGCUGAUUUUAAUAUAUCAUUUGGCAAGAUGCUUCUCUAUAUUGAAAUGGUAUCAAAAUCAUCCAUAAUAGUAUCAUGCAUGUUUUAUAGUAAUCAAAAAAAGAUAAGUCAAUACACUAUUACGGCAAUUCUAUCAUUAAUGUCUACUUUUGUUUGCAUAACGAGUCUUUAUUCACGAGUUGCACGAUUACCAUCAUAUAAUGGUCGUUGUUGUAAAAAUAUUAUCAAAUGGUUAGCACGAACACAAUGGUCUCCAUCGAAAGCAAAAGUCAAUCAUCCAAUUAAUGAACGAAGAAUUAGAAAUAUAAACCGUACUACAAUCAAAUCGAAUCUAUUCGUACAAGUUAUGAGUCAAAAUCAACUUGGUUUUACAUGUGGUCAUCUAUUUUUCAUAACAAAAUUUAAAUACAAUGAAUUGGUUUUGAUGAACAUUCCAUUGAUAUUAAUGUUAAUAUUAAUGUUACUUAGUCCAUAUUUUUCUCAUUUGUUCAAUACAAGUUUAAUUUAUUGGUCAUUAAAAUGCAAUAAAAAGUAA